GCCAGCCUCAAGAGGCCCGUUCUAGCUUCAAGGGCCCGCGCCAGCCUCAAAAGGUCCGUUUUAGCUUUAAGUGUCCCUCUAAGGGAUGACACUAGCCUCAAGAGGUCCAUUCUAACUUCCAGAGUCCUUCCAAGGAAUGGCACCUGCCUCAAGAGGCUUGUUCCAGCUUCCGGAGUCGCUCCAAGGUACGAUGCUGGCCUCAAGAGAUUUGUUUCUGCUUCCUAGGUCCCUUAAAUGCACCGUGCCGACCUCAAGAGAUUGGUUUCUGCUUCCUGGGUCCCUCAAAUGGACUGUGCCGACCUUAAGUGGUCCGUUCCAGCUUUCAAGGGACUUUCCAAGGGACAUCGUUGGCCAAGUGGUGCAUUCCAGCUUCCAAGGUCCCUUCAAUGGAUGACGCCAGCCUCUAGAGGUCCGUUCUUGCUUCUAGGGUCCCUUCAAGGGACUGCGCCAUCCUCGGGAGGUCUGUUCUAGCUUCAAGUGUCCAUCCAACGGAUGACAUUAGCCUCAAUAGGUCCGUUUCAGCUUCAUAGGUCCCUCAAAGGGACAGUGCCGACCUGAAGUGGUCCGUCCCAGCUUCCGCGGUCUUUCAAAAGGGACUCCGUCUAGUGAACCAGUCAAGAUGUCCAUCCUCGAGUGGAAUAAUGAAUCAAGCAAGCAUCCGCCGCCCACUAUCCAGAGUUCUUCCGGCCUCUUGGGAGGAAGGGAGUCCAGUGAGCUGUCCGCCGUCCACUGUCCAGAGAUCCACCGUCCCCUAGGGAGCAAGGGAGUCCAGUGAGCCAUCCAGUGAGCCAUCCAGCGUCCACUGUCCAGAGAUCCUCUAUCCUUUAGGGAGCAAGGGAGUCCAGUGAGCUGUUCACCGUCCGCUGUUCAAAAAUCCUCCGUUCUCUAAAGAGCAAGGAAGUCCAUUGAGCCGUCCGACGUCCACUGUCUAGAGAUCCUCCGUCCUUUAGGAAGCAAGGGAGUCUAGUGAGCUGUUCGCCGUCCACUUUUCGAAAAUCCUCCGUCCUUUAAGGAGCAAGGGAGUCCAAUGAGCUAUCCACUGUCCAGAGUUUCUUCGUCCUUUAGGGAGCAAAGGAGUCCAGUGAGAUGUCCACCGUCCAGAGAUCCUCCAUCCUCUAAGGAGCCAAGGAGUCAAGUGAGCCGUCCGACGUCCACUGUCCAAAGACCCUCUGUCUACCAUAGAGCCACGCCUUUCGUCGAGUUCCAUCGUGGUCGAGCAAGCAUGUCCGACCCUUGUCCUGCGAGUCCCAUCCAUAAGAAAUACAAUAGAUAAGUUGUACAAGCUGAGAAAAGUAAUAGUGUAAAAGAGUGAAGAUCUGUAAGUCGGUCAUCGUUAGAUGAUCAGAUUAUUGGAGAUAUUCAUACUCCCAUAUCAAGAUAGAGAAAAGAGUUACAAAGAGAGAACCGGGGAAGGUCUAUCCUUCGAUAAGAUCAGAGCGCCCAACCACCGUGAGAUAGAUAUCGAGCUACUGUUUAGAGGCUCCCAAAGAAUAUUGAAAAGCGAGCCCCGAGAAAGUCUUCUUCCCCGAGGCACCAAGUCCUCUUCCUGAGGCACUAAAAAGAAAGGUUCCUCUUCUAAGAGGCACCAAGUCCCGAGAAAGUCUUCUUCCAAAGAGGCACAAAGUCCAAGAAAGUCCUCUUCCAAGAGGCCCAACUCUCCGAGAAAAGUCCUCAUCCAAGAGACACAAAUCCUUGAAAAAAGUCCUCUUUCAAGAGGCACCAAAUCCCAAAAAAGUCUGUUUCCAAGAGGUCCAAAAAAGAAAGAAAAGUCCUCUUCCAGGAGACAUAAAUCUCUGAGAAAAGACCUCUUUCGAGAGGCACCAAGUUAAAUCCUUACCCACGAGGUAACGAGACCCUCCAAAAAAGAAAGUCUUUUUCUCGAGACACCGAAGAAAGUUCUAUCCCAUGAGGCAACCCAUCGAGUCAUAUAGUUUUUGAAUCUGUCUCGUUCCCCGAGAUAGACUCAAAACUAGGGGGCAUGUGAUGGAUUAUGGAUUGUACCUAAUCCACUAUUAUUUGAAUAGUAUAAGUAAGCCCAAUUCAAUCCGGUCCAAGAUAUAAAUCAGAUAAAUUAUUCAAGACAGAGCCAAAAAUAUAUAGACAGAAGAAUAUAUUUGAAGUGAUGUA